AUGACGGAGUCACUAAAUCUCUGUUCGACUAGAAUUAGCAAGAACCUAACGACACGAAACAAAUUCGAAUCCAAUCCUACCCAAAGAGAUUACGGGCUAGCACCAUCCAAAUCGAGGAGCGAGGGAGAGGUACCCGUCCGUACCGUAAUCAGGCGGAGGGAGCGGAGGGCGGUGCGGGCGGUCGCGGUGCCACCUUACAUGCCGCGACCGGUUCCAGCCCCCCAUCGGGAGGGGGGCAAGGAGGAGGAGGACCCAGUCCCCAACCCAGACGAUUCGCCGGAGUUCCCAAACAGGCACAAGAACCAAGCAAGCCCAAUGGCAGGCAAUCGGGGAAACCCGCCCCCAAAGAACUAUGUCGCUAUGCGAGGCCGCGAAUCCAGCGCGCCGCCAGAUCGUGGAGGUGUACCGCCGCCUGUGCCGGCGACUGUGCCUGACCGGGAGAUAAUUGGAAUUUUGGCUUUACUAAACGUGGGCUUAGCUCUUUAG